AUGACACCAAGCGGUGAAUCGCGUGGUGACCAUCCGCCCCUCGCCUCUGCCCCGCCGCUUACUUCCAUGGCCUCCACUUCCAAUGCAGCCCUCUCUUCUGAAUCUACACCUCUCCCGGCUACCCUUACGCAGGACGACCCUCACGCGGCUGACGCAGCUCGCCAGCGGUUUGCGAAGCGAUCGCACUUCCCCAGCUUGCCGAACUUCCUACGACAACGCUCGCGAGAACAUGAGGCCACGCGCGCGCGGAGUGGUGCAGAAAGCGACGCGAGCGUCUCUUUCCUGUCAGAAACACCGGAGCUCGCUGGCGAUGCACCCCGCACGAGGGGACUGCGUCGCGAUCUCUCGGCUAGCACCCGCAGACUGCUAAAGCCGCCUGGACGUACGAAGGCAAAGCAGGAUGUUCGAGAAGGGAUUUCGCUCGACGAUCGGCAUCUAGAUGGCGGAGAGGAUGAGUACCGGGACAAAUUCCAGUGGGCAGUGCUGUAUGAGAAUCAACGAGGCUUUACAUUUUUCUCGAUACCCUAUUACUCCUCCAUGGGCCUGCUGCCCUUCGACCCUGCACCCUUCACUGCACCUCAAUUCCCGGCGACUGUACCGUCGAGCAGCGCUCCUGUCAACACCGCACCAAAGCGAGGCCGUGUCAGGUCACAAGGAGCAUUGUCCUUCAAUGAAUUCCCUCUGCCGGAUGGAACGUGGCGCUGGCUGUCGAAGAAAUGGAUGGUUGACAUGAGCAGUGAUACGGAUAGGCAGGUAAUAAGCUUUCGCUUCGUCGCCGUUUAG